CGUUGAAGUUUGAUACCGGACUGACUGAUUGACAUAUACAGAAUAUUCUAUUUUUGAAACUUUAGAAGUUUGAGGUUGUUGAUUGGAAGGAGGCAAGUUUUAUUCAAUUAGGAAAUGCUGGUCUGAUAAAAUACAUUAACGAAAAGCACAUAAAAGUUGCAGUAUCAUGGGAACAGUUCAUGCUAAGAUUCCGGGCGAAACUCCACAGAAUCUAAAUGGGAUUCAAAAGGAAACGCAUAUAAAAGAACAGAGCUAUGAGACAAAUGUCAAGGACGUUGAUUUACAGCAAAUACAGGCUCGAGUCGACAAAAUAAAUAUUGACGGACUGUGCAGAACCAAGAACGAUAUUGUCGAAGAUUGCAUAAGGGAUUUAUUCAAUGCUAAAGACUUUCAACAAGUCCUUCUCAAAGCUCAUAAGGCGAGAGUAAACUUAGAUGAGUUGGGCUGCUUUAAAAAUAUUGGUGUGUACAUAGAUACUAGUAAGGGAGCGAAUGCCACAAACGAUGGCUUAGAGGUAACAUUUGAUGUAAAGGAACACAAAAGACUUACUGGGGGUAUCAGUACACAGGUUGGUAAUAAUGAAGGAUCUGUUCUUAUUGGACUGCGUACUCCGAAUAUUUUGGGCCGAGGAGAAAAAGUUCAGAUAGAAUAUAGUCGGGGCUCAAAAAGGACCAGCAAUUUUAAUUUGUCCUUUAUUAAGCCGUUCAGCGGAAAGAACAGGCCAAGUUUGCGAACUUCCAUUUUGCAAGCCCAUUCAGAAUGGCCAAACUCUGGUUACAAACAGUUAGAUAGGAGUCUACAAUUGGAUUUUGGGUUCUAUUCUGCCACUUUAUUGAAACAUAAUCUUCAAUGGGAGGGUACCAUUAGAGAUUUAUCAACCCUAUCGCGAACUACAUCUUUUGAGGUGAGAGAGCAAUCUGGAUCAGCACUAAAGUCUGCAAUUAGAUAUAUGAUGUCUGUUGAUCUUCGAGACGAUGUUAUAUUUCCCAAUACAGGUUCUCUAAUUCAAGUCACAUCAGAGUUAGCCGGACUUGGUGGUAAUAUUGGAUUUUUCAAGAAUGAGGUUUUGUUGCAAGACAACUACUCGCUGUUUGAAGACAUCGUUUUUCAAGCAAGUUUAAUGGCCGGUUAUGUAUCUGCUAUUAGUAAAGAAAAGAAAGUCACAAUUGCUGACCGUUGCUACAUUGGUGGACCAUUGUCCAUUCGUGGUUUCGAAAUGCGUGGCAUCGGGCCUCACUCUGAUUCUGAUUCUUUGGGAUCGAAUGCUUUUUGGGCUGCCGGUUUCCAUUUGUUUACUCCACUACCAUUUAGGCCUGGACAAGGAGGAUUUGGGGAAUUGUUCAGAACACAUUUAUUUCUGAAUGCUGGAAAUGUCGGAGAUCUAAGUUUGGAAAAAGCUUCCAAAGGCGACAUUGUUGAAAUAUUGAAAACGAAUGUGAGAAUAUCAUAUGGAUUGGGUAUUGCACUACGCCUUGGAAAUGUAGCUCGAUUAGAGGUAAAUUACUGUUUUCCUUAUAAAUUUGACAAAGCAGAUCAAACGCAUCCAGGAGUACAGUUUGGAAUAGGUGUGCAAUUUCUUUAGUUAAAAAACUCGUUGAAAUCAAUAGUAGCCGGUUACCUUAAUAUGUAAUGCACUUAAAAAAGGGGGGGGGGCGAUUUUGUUGCUUGAAAAUUUGUUCUAGUGUUAUUAAUUAAACUGUAAAAUAAACGCUUGGAAUGAUAU